AAAACCUUCCCAGACCACCAGACCCCGAAUCACCACUCCGCCGCCGCCGCCGCGCCGUGUCUCUCCCCUCGUGGUCGUGCUUCCAUCCCCGCGAACCAAAUCCGCCUCCCUUGCACCCUCGAAAAAGGGAGAGGAGCAGAUGAAGGCGGGGAGGAAGAACCUGCGGCGGGCGUGCGACGAGGGCGCCGCCGUCACGCUCGCUGAGGGCGAGAGCAUCAUGCAGGUCCUCACGCUGCGCGGUUCCAACGUCAUCGAGGUGAUGGACGGCGAGGGCGUCAAGUCUCUGGCAUUGUUCCCGGCCAAGUUCCAGAAGAGCUUCUGGAUCAAGAGCGGGAGUUUCGUGGUUGUGGAUGCUAGUGGGAGGGAUCAGGCCCUGGAAUCAGGGAGCAAGAUUGCGUGUGUUGUCUCGCAAGUCCUCUUCCACGAACAAGUUCGAGCUCUGGAGAAGUCUGGUAACUGGCCAGCUAUUUUCAAGUCAACACCAAAUAAAGGUUCAGAGGCGGGAGCAGAAGCCCAAACUGCCCAGGCUGAUGCUGGAGCACAAGCACAAACUGCGCAGACUGAUGAGGGACCAGAUUCUGAUGAAGAUGACGAUCUGCCACCGCUAGAAGCAAACACGAACAGGAAUAGACCAUAUGAACUGUAUUCUGACUCAGACAGUGGUUCUGAUUCCUAAACAAAUUAGAUAGUAACAUGCAAUUGAUCUUGUGGUAUCCAGUGUCUGUUUCCGAAACAACUCAGGUUUGGAUAAAAUCCAGUUCCACCAAAUAUUCAUAUUC